AUGAAUAUUGUUUCAGGAAUUCGAUAUGACUUUGACAACCCCAAUGGACCUCAUCCAGAAGAUUGUAUUUGUAAAGUUUGUCAACCUCCUCCAGCCCGUUCACCAUCACCAUAUAGUUGUUGUAACGAAAUUAUUUGUCAGUGUAAUGAAGAUAACUAUUCAAUUGAUACAGAAGAAUAUAAUAAUUCGUGGGAAAGACAAAUUAAUGGAGAUGCAUUCUCUGAUUAUUCAGAAGAAAAUCAGAUUGAUAUUGAAGAACAUAUCGUCUGGACCAUAUGUGGUAUGAACCGCCAAGCUCUAGAGAACAUGUAUUUAGAAAACAUCAAAAUUAAACAAGUAAUCGCUGGUCAACCAAUUAAUCAUGGUGGAAGUCGUUGUACCAUGGAAUGUGAUACAGAAAAUCAUCACGUGCAUACAUACUGUACGAUGUGCAAGAAGAAUUUAUUUUAUGGAACUACUAUACACGACUGUAUCAUUGGAUUCACUUUAGGAAAAAUUAGGCCAGAUAUGAAUCCCAAAUUUCUUAUUAAUAAUCAAUGGUGGAAAGAACCUCAAGCAGUACAACUUGAAAAUAAUAUCAAUUAUCUUAAAUAUAUCGAACGAUUAAUGAAUGAUUUACCAGUUCACAAAGUAUCUUUGGAACCUUUCAUUGCCAAUUUGGACUAA